GAGUGGCUGAAGGUCCGUAGCUUUGUAGUUAGGUGCAGUGGUCUUAGGCUAAACAGUCACUCUACGUAUAAAAUUUAGAAAAAUAUAUAGCACUCUUAGUCCUUGUGAUUGCGUACUAUCUGAAUGUCCAGGUGUCUUGCAUUUCAUAAUGUAUAUAAAGUCGUUGGUUAUUGAUGGCUUCAAAUCCUAUUGUCAGAGAACGGAAAUCGAUGGGUUUGAUCCGCAGUUCAAUGCUAUUACCGGUCUAAAUGGCUCCGGAAAGUCAAAUAUAUUAGAUGCUAUAUGCUUCUUACUUGGAAUAACAAAUCUAUCGCAUGUAAGGGCAGCAAACCUACAUGAUUUGGUUUACAAAUGUGGUCAAGCAGGAAUAAACAAGGCUACCGUAAGCGCAGUAUUUGACAAUAUGGAUAAGUCACAAUCCCCAUAUGGUUAUGAGCAGUUUGAUGAGCUUACAAUCACAAAGCAGAUUGUCGUUGGAGGCAGAAAUAAAUAUCUGAUUAACGGAACAAACGCAACCACCACAAGGGUUCAUGAUUUAUUUCACUCAGUGCAACUUAAUGUUAAUAAUCCUCACUUUCUAAUUAUGCAAGGUAGGAUUACAAAAAUUUUAAAUAUGAAACCACCGGAGAUCCUAUCAUUAUUAGAAGAAGCAGCAAGCACCAAACUAUAUGAAAAUAAAAAGGAAGCAGCACUUAAAACUAUUGAAAAGAAAGAUAGUAAAUUAAGAGAAAUAGAUAGAAUUCUUACUGAAGAUAUUAACCCUACUAUCAAGAAGUUACGUGAAGAACGGAGCAGUUAUUUAGAGUAUCAGAAAGUUGUACGUGAAAUUAAUCAUCUGGAGAAGUUUAUUGUCGCUUAUGACUAUACUUGCUUAGAGGAAGCUAAAAAACGAACAAAAGGAGAUUUAAUUACACUUGAACGUUCGUUGGAUGAGCUAAAAAAUAAUAUGGAAGAACUUCGGAAGUCAAAAGAAAUUAUAGAAAGUCGUAUUGCUGAACUUUGCAAACAAAGAGAUGAGCAUCAAGGAACAGCACUUGAAGAAUUAGAAUCUACAAUGUCUGCAUGUCAAAAAACAGAAGCAGUUGCUAAGGGGGCUUCUCAAAGAGCGUCUGAAUCUCUUCGGGCCGCCAAACAACGUGUUAAGUCCAUGGAGUCACAGUGUAUGGAGCUUGAUGAGCAGUUGUCUUCUAAACAUAAAGCAGCGGAAGCUGCUGCUGGUAUUGAGUACCAGUCCGUCCUAGCACAGUCAGAAGAAGCCAAAGUUAAAUUUGAAGCGGCUCAAAAGCGUUUACAGGCAGUAAAAUCCGGUCUUUCCAGUGGAGAAAAUGGUGUUGCAGCUAGCCUUGCUGAACAGGUUAGAGUUGCAGAUGGUGAAAAGUGCUCCGCACAAACUGAACUUUCUCAACUGAAAAUGCGUCAGAAACAUCUACAAAAUGAGCUUGCUAAACAAGAAGCCAUUGUCGUUAAAACUUUCGGAAAUGGGUCAAUAGAUGGAGAAUCUAAAGAAGAAAUGAAACAAAAGGAACUUACUGUACAUAUUGACGAAUUAACUAAGAAAUUGACACGAGCUGAGGCGGAUGAUAGGUCUGUUGGUAGCGAAUCUGUGUUAAGUGAGAAGCAGCUUGGCUUAGUUCAGGAAGCAAGGGAGUUACGUCAUCAGGCUUCAAAGUUAUCAUCUCAAUUCCCUCAACUUGUGUUUGAUUAUACUGAUCCAGAGCCAAAUUUUGAUAGACGUCGUGUUCUCGGACCUGUUGCGAAAUUGUUUCGUGUCAAAGAUUUAAAAUAUGCGGUUGCUCUAGAAGUGAUAGCUGGAAAUAAGUUACAGAACAUUGUUGUAGACACAGAAGUCACUGGUAAAAUUUUAUUAGAACGUGGUCAAAUUCGUCGACGUGUCACUAUGCUUCCGUUAACUCAAAUACGUGGAAGUCCCAUAUCAGAUGGUGUUAUUAAAAAUGCCCAGUCAUUAGUUGGUGCAUCAAAUGUUGUCACUGCUCUUUCAUUAAUUGAAUAUGAUAAUAUGCUUAAACCAGUUAUGGAAUAUGUAUUCGGUAGUGUAUUAAUAUGUUCAGAUAUGGAAAUAGCUAGGCGUGUUGCAUUUCACCCUGGUAUUGAAAAGAAAACAAUAACAUUAGAAGGUGAUGUAUUUGAUCCCCAGGGCACACUGUCCGGUGGAAGUCGGGGAACUGCUUCGGAUAGUUUAUUGUCUCGUAUAUUUAAGUGGCGUGAUCUUGAGGUUGCCGCUCAAAAAGCUGAAGAAAAUGUUACUCAAGGUGAAGCAAAUGUCAGAGCAGCUCAAUUACGAUCCCAAAAUAUUAGUCAUCUUCGAGAAGCGUUAGAUAAUGCUCGCCAUCAGUUAGAACUUUUAGAGACUCAAAUAAGGCAGACAGAUAAACAUCGAUUACGUGCAGACUUGGCAGCUACUAGAACUGAAUUAAAACAAGUCGAAGAUUCUUUACAAAACGCUGAACAGCGUCUUACUCAAGCAUCUUUAAAAGCUAAGUUAGCUCAUGAGAAAGCAGCAAACGCCGUAGCUGAAUUUAAAAAAGAAGAACAGGAAGCUGAAAAUGCACUUUCAGAAGCUAAAGUUCAACUGGAAUCCACGGUUAGUGCUUUAAGGGAGAAGAAUUCUCUAAAAGAAACUUUACGCUUAGAAGCUGAAGAACUGUCAAAAGAACUAAAUACUUUAAAGCUGUCUCUUGAAGAAGCGAUUCAAGCUGUAGGAGAUGCACAGGCAGAAGAAGAACGUUGUAUUGAUGCAUCACGAUUAGCUAAAGAAGCUUUAAUUAAAGCACGUGAAGCUGUUAAUAAACAACGGGGAUUAAUUGAUGAAACUGUUCGUGCAUUGACAUCUGCAGAGAAAGAAGCUGGUCAAUUAGUUCAAUCGUUGAAUCAAACAAACAGUCAAGUGGAUAAACUUUCUCAUCAAAUUGAAAUGCAAACUAAGGAAAGUGAAGAAGCCGAUAUCAAGAUGGAACGACUCUUAGAAGCAUAUCCAUGGAUUCAUGAAGAAAAACAAAAUUUUGGUGUUGAAAAUGGCCCAUAUUGUUUUACUUCACGUGAUCCCAUUGAAACACGUCGACGAAUUCAUUCACUGAAAGAACGUCGUGAUCGUCUUGGUCGAACUGUAAAUAUGCGUGCGAUGAAUAUGCUUGGUAAUGCUGAAAAACAAUAUUCUGAAUUGAUUAGACGUCAAGAAAUUGUUUUAGCUGAUAAACGUAAAAUUCAAGCAGUUAUUGACGAUUUAGAUAAACGAAAAGAAGAAGUCUUAAUAAGUGCACAUAAUAAAGUCAAUGAGGAAUUCUGUAACAUUUUCGGGACUCUGUUGCCAGGAAGUAAAGCACGUUUAUUUCCCCCGGAAGGUAUGAGUGUUCUUGAUGGAUUAGAAAUUAAAGUUGCAUUUGGUGAUGUUUGGAAAGAAUCACUUGGAGAAUUAAGUGGCGGUCAAAGGUCGUUAGCUGCCCUUUCACUUAUUCUGGCUUUAUUACUCUUCAAACCUGCACCUUUGUAUAUAUUAGAUGAAGUGGAUGCGGCGCUCGAUUUAUCUCAUACACAAAAUAUUGGUCAGUUGAUUAAAAAUCAUUUUAAGCAUUCACAGUUCAUUGUAGUGUCACUCAAGGAUGGAAUGUUCAACAAUGCUAAUGUACUAUUCAAAACAAAGUUUGUAGACGGUGUUUCAACUGUGUCUCGGCAUGUACCUCUACGAGUUCGGGACGAAAAUAAACAGCCUCAAACAGAGAGACAACGGAAACGUGUUAAAUAAAUUGUGUUUGUAUUUGUCUAUCUUUUUUAAAAGAUACGUUAUUUAUCUAUCCUCCCUUAAUAAUGGUUUGCUGUACAAUUUAUCGUAUUCAAAUAUCACUUUAUUCAACAUAUAUUAACUUAUGUGUGU